AUGCCAGUCGCCGCGAUUCUCCUCGCCCAGCGAGACAUCGGAAGCACAGCCGACGGGGUCCACGAGUCGCUCUCCUCUUGGGACGGUUGCAUGGCGCAUUCAUACUGCAAAUGGCCGGUCAUAGCAGGAAUAGUCGUCGGCUCGCUCAUUGUCAUCUCCAUCCUCUGGUGUCUUGCACGCUGUUUGUGCUGCGGGCUCCAAUGUUGCUGUGGUUGCUUGUCUUGUUUCAAUGCUUGCUGCCCGAGUCCACGAGGAAGCAACCGAGAUCGAGGCGGAUACCAACAAGCACCACCUACGCCGUACCAGUAUCAGCAACCACCUCCGACUCAGCCACCCGCGUAUAUGGCUGGCGGCGCUGGUGGAGGCUACCGCGGCGCUCCAGUCGCAUCGACAGCGACGUUCGACGCGCCAAGCAAAAAGUUCAAUGAGGAUGCUCUCCCGGCGAUGCCUAGCUGGCAGAAUGCCCAAUCUAGAAGAGUUGAAUCGGAUGAAGAAGUUGAGCUUGAGAAAAUAGACCACACGUCUCCGACACAUACGUCCCAAACAUACCAGCAAGACUCUCUUUUAGGCAAGAGUCAGGACAAUUUCGGCACCGAGCGAUACAAUCCACCACAGUUUGGCGACUUGGGAGCUAGCGGCAUGCGCGCCAACCCCUACAAUGACUGUUCCACGCAACAGCAGCAACAAUACCCAGCAAGUCCAUAUAGCAAUCAAGGCAGAAGCCACAAUGCUACUGGAUACUUCACAGGAGCGCAGACGUCUCCAUCAUAUCAUGAGCAGGCACCGCCAUCGCCUUAUGGCGCUCGAAACACAUACAACAACAAUCGUGCCGAGCCAUACUCUCCGAACAGCUUUAUGAGUCCAGUCACGUCAAACCAGUACAUAAGCCCGAUGGCAGGCGGCUUCCACACUGCAGGCCGAACUUCUCCGCUCUCCUACGCACCUACAGAUGCAGGAUAUUAUGAUCGUGCGCAACAGCCAUCAUAUGCUCAGCCCAAUCCGUAUGAGCAGAGCGCAGCACCAUCGUAUCACACCGAAGCGCCGAUAGAGCGCAAACUCAAUUCCCCUGUCGACACGAACCUUUGGCCAACUCCAAGCAAAGCACUGUCCGAGCGAAAGCACUGUCCGAGCGAAAACACAGUUCAAAAGUGA